UUAAAAAUGGUUGGGUGAUACCUUUACCAUGACCAAAUUUUAUGUUUGUAACGUCUCAGUGAUUGUUUUUACUGUUUUACAAGUACUAGUAAAAACUAAACUAAUUUUCGUCAUCCGGAGUUGCACAAAUGACCAAAUUUUCCAAAUUUCUUAAUAAGAUGCAAGUAGCCGGUACUUUUUAUACCUUGAAUGCAAUCCUGUUACCUGGCAUGUGUCGGCGGAUUUUCAGCUAUAUGUUAUAAACUUGUUCUUACUGUACAUUAAACUCAAAUAUAAGUUUAAUGAUAUUAAAUUUUUUGCCACUGUAUUGAUAUUUUCAAUGUUUUUACAUGGCAUGGUCUUACAAAUUUUCGAUGCUGAUCCUAUUUACCCGCCCGUUACCAGGUAUAUCGAAAUACAUUAUUUGUUUUCUUCACUAAAUAUGAUAUUCUCAUAUAUGUCAGUUCCAUCAGUAUGGCCCUCAACUUUAAUUGGAGUAAUAUUUGGAGUAAUUUACAUUAAAACUAAAAAUUUUAAAGUAAAACCAUCAACGAUAUUAAACACAAUAUGGUGUGUAACAACUCUGGGACUAAUUUAUUUGUCUGUCCGGAUGGGUUCCGUAAAAAUUAAUGGCGUUAAACGUUCUAUGUUUGGACCCAUCAUUAAGCCUUUAUUUUGUCUAGGAUGUGCAAUUGGAGUUUAUGGCAUGUCUCAUAAUCUUGGAGGUCCAGUGAAGAAGCUUAUGGAAUCCAAAAUAUUCGUAGUUCUGAGUAACUGCGUUUAUGGUAUAUAUUUAACCCACCUUUUAUUUAUAAUAUUGAUUAAUAAAUUUAAUGAGGAGCCUAUUUAUAUAGACUCUUGGAAAUUGGUCAAGGACUAUAUAAUCAGCGUUAUUUUGAGUUUGUUAUUCGGUAUUUAUUUUACACUGAUUGUCGAAGAGCCAGGAAAUAUGCUUCAAAAGAAACUUUUACCACAAAUUAACAAAUGGGAGAAGAUUUCUAAAACCUAUUAAUAUAUUGCAUGUUUUUGGAUUUGUGUAAAAAUAUAUAUAGAUUCCAUAAAA